GCCAGCAUAACCUUCUAAUGUCCGACGCACACUCCUUCCUCGCAACGCACCGACGACACCUGCACACUUUUCAACGAAUGACGACACAAAGAACCGCCAACGGCCAACGGCCAACCCAAAACCUCAGCUCUUCAUCUCUCGCUCUCUCGAUCUCGACCAAAGCUUCUCUCCCUUCAAGACACUUCAACCUGUCUCUUCAUCUACAAUAAUAGCUCUGGUACUGUAAUAUAUAAUGAGCCAACGUGGUUAUGUGGGUGGAAAGAAAGCCGGCAAAGACUUGUACAAGUUGUUGGAGAUCCAGCAAGGCUCCACCCUUACCGAAAUCAAGACGGCCUAUAAGAAAUUGGCGCUGAAAUAUCAUCCCGAUCGGAAUCAAGGCGACGCCACGAAAACGCAGCGAUUCAAAGACGUGAGUGAAGCGUACACGAUCCUCAGUCAUGACGGACGGCGACGCCAAUACGAUUUGCAACACGGAUUUCGGUACAAUCAAAAUCGUCGCACGGCACCUCCCAAGAAUUAUCGCAAAGUCUAUACACCCGUACGACCACCCAAGUCGGCACAAUUCAAUCACGAUCGACAUUACGAAAUGCACUAUGGAAGAGGCAUGAUGGAUCAAGCGGUCCAUGAUGCUACGAAGCGACAGCAACAGAAAAAUGGUAAGCAGACUAUUAGUAACAGCAACGGCUACCAUUCUCCACUAGGACAAGGAUUUUCAUUUGGCCACGGCGGCAUUAAUGACACGAUGAAUCCUUAUUCGCGGGGAUCGAGACAACGACAACAGCAACAACAGCAAGAGACGGUCUGGGAAUACGAAGAAGGAACCGUGUUCGAUGGAGAUGCCGCCAAAGGAAACGUCCACCGACGAGAAGAAAUCAUUGCCGAUCUCAAUGGAAAACGAAUACGACGAAAACAACAGCAACAGGCACAGGCGCAACAAGAAAUGCAAAACAAUCAAUCGGCAUUUCAAGCACAACAACAAGAAGCAUGUCUCAUUCAAUAGAAUAGAAUGUAUCUACUAGUAUCUAUCUAUAUAUGAAAAUGGAUUAUAUAGACACCAGAAUCAAUCCAUGGUUGCAAAUUGCAUUAAUGCAUUGGCGUCUCGCCUGACACGAGAAUUCACACUCAUGUCGAUACUAGCUAGU